UAUUUCAAACCUAAUUCUAAUUAAAUUGAUCUACAAAAUCUACAAAAAGUUGAAUUCGGCUGGGAUUGAGUGAGUUAUUGAUCCGCCCAAGAUGCACCAUUUGACGAAAGGUCCUUUGUGAAUCUAGAGAGAGAGAGGCGGGCGAGAUUGAUGUUGUAUGUGUAUCGCUUUCGCUACAAGCAACUAACCAAAGUCUCCAGAACAACUUCAUCUCUCCUACAAGAAAAACAGAACACUGAACAGCCUCCAGCUUCGAGGUAACUUUCUGUCACUACAAAGGAAACCCCUCACCGGUCAUCAGUUUCUAUUUGAAAUCAAUGAAGAGGUAUCUUUUUCAACUCUAGAGACCCUAAGGAAUUGACCGCUUGAACACAUAUUAUUCCAUCAUUAUGUCACAUGACGAGAUCGCAAAGGAAGCAAUUAAACAUGCUCUGAAGGCUCUUCGGAAGCGGCAUUUACUUGAGGAAGGUGCUCAUGCUCCUGCUUUCAUCGCUCUAUCAAGGCCCUUUGCUUCUCAGGGUUCAGAAUGGAAAGAGAAAGCAGAAAAUCUCGAAGUGGAACUUCAGCAAUUGUACAAAGCUCAAGCCCGAUUAUCUGACCAGCUUGUGGUGGAAGUGGCUGAGUCCAGAGCUUCAAAAACUUUAGCUCAAGAGAAAGAAGCUAUAAUCACUGAUCUGCAAAAUGAGCUCAAUAAUGCAAGGGAUGAAUGUUCUCAUUUGACUAUAGAUUUAGAAGAAAAGACUAAAUGUUUAGAAUUGGUCACAAGUGAGAACCAAGAACUUAAAACUCAACUUGAGGAGAUGAUUACGAAAGCUAAAAAUGCUGAGGCUGAAAAUAAAAUGUUAAUUGACCGUUGGAUGUUGUCGAAAAUGCAGGAUGCUGAACGCCUUAAUGAGGCUAAUGCAAUUUAUGGAGAGAUGCUUGAUCGGGUCAAGGCCAGUAGCAUAGAACAACUUGCCCGGCAGCAAGUGGAUGGUGUGGUUCGCCGAAGUGAAGAAGGUGCUGAGUACUAUGUGGAGUCAACUAUUCCCAAUGCAUGCAAGCACAAAAUCCCUGCUCAUGAAGGUGGCUGUGCUUCUAUAUUGUUUGAAUACAAUUCUGGGAAUUUGAUUAGUGGGGGACAGGACAGGACUAUUAAGAUAUGGGAUACAAACACUGGGUCACUAAGUCGCACUCUUCAUGGUUGUCUGGGCUCUGUUCUUGAUCUCACCAUUACGCAUGAUAAUAGAUCUGUUAUUGCAGCCAGUAGUUCAAACAACUUGUAUGUAUGGGAUGUAAAUUCAGGUCGGAUCCGUCAUACUCUCACAGGCCACAUAGAUAAAGUCUGUGCUGUAGAUGUGAGCAAAGUUUCAAGUCGCCACGUUGUGAGUGCAGCUUAUGAUCGUACCAUAAAAGUUUGGGAUCUGCAGAAAGGAUACUGCAUCAACACAAUUAUCUUUCACAGCAAUUGCAAUGCUCUUUGUUUCAGCAUGGAUGGACUGACCAUUUGUUCAGGUCAUGUUGAUGGGAAUAUUCGGUUGUGGGAUAUCCAGACAGGAAAGCUACUCAGUGAAGUUGCUGCACAUUCACUUGCUGUUACAUCAAUAUCCUCAUCCCGAAAUGGAAAUGUAAUAUUGACAAGUGGGAGAGACAAUUUGCACAAUUUGUUUGAUAUGCACUCUCUUGAAGUUUGUGGCAGAUUUAGCGCAGCUGGGAAUAGAGUGGCAUCUAAUUGGAGCCGUUCCUGUAUUAGUGCAGAUGACAACUAUGUUGCUGCUGGAUCGGCUGAUGGAUCGAUCUCUGUUUGGUCAAUAUCAAAAGCUGAUAUAGUGAGCACUCUAAAGGAGCACACUACUUCUGUCCUAUGUUGUUCUUGGAGUGGUCUUGGCAAACCUGUAGCCUCCUCUGACAAGAAUGGAAUUAUUUGUACAUGGACUUGAUGGGUUUACUUUUGAAAUCAAAUGGUACAGACAGUUAGUUGUGAUAUAUUGAUGCCCUUUGUCUAUAGCUAAUGUAUUCUUUCCAGACAGACCGAUUUCUGUCAAUAUAGUUUAACAUCGUGAGGGGUUGUUUUGUGGUUUUUCGAAAGGUUUGAGGGGUUUGCUGACCUCAAAACUGCAUUAAUUGGAAAUAAAGAUCUUGCUCUGCUUGUAAA